UCUCUCUCUCUCUCUAUCACACACAACAGUACUGUGCUCACAAAUUCCAGAUCCUUCCACAACCUUCCAAUGGGCGCACACCUCUUUCUCCUUAUUAUAUCCUCAACUCCACCUUUCUUCAUCUCCAUUAUGCAGCCUCUUGUGCUUGCCUAGAUCUCUCUCUUUCUCUCUCUACAAAAUCUUUAAUCAUAUGGCUUCUGAGGCCGAGAUGUCGGAGAUUUCUUCAAUGUUUGAAAGGGUGGUGAGGAACAGAGACCUGUCUCUGUUCAUACCCUUUAUCCUGGGCUUCGCCGACCCAAGAAGAGACCCACAACCGGAGGACGUCUCAGAUCAAGACUCUGAGAAUACACCCACAACGCCACGUGACAGGAUCAUCCUCAUCAACCCCUUCACGCAAGGCAUGGUGGUGAUUGACGGAACGUCGAGCUUGGAUUCCCUGCUGCGCGAACAGGGUGGCAAGGAUGGGCAGCCACCGGCAUCGAAGGCUUCUAUACAGGCCAUGCCGAAUGUGGAGGUGGAUGAAGACGGUGGGGAGUGUGUGAUUUGCUUGGACGAGUUGGAGGUUGGUGGGGUGGCCAAAGAGAUGCCCUGUAAGCAUAGAUUCCACACAAAUUGUAUCGAGAAGUGGCUGGGGAUUCAUGGGUCUUGCCCUGUUUGCAGGUACAAGAUGCCUGUUGAGGAGGAAGAGGUGGGCAAGAAGAGGGAUGAGGAAGGGAGAGAGAGGAGGGUUGAGAGGGAGAUUUGGGUUAGUUUUUCUUUCAAUAGUGGUAGGAGUGGGGAUUCAAAUCAAACUCCAACCAGUGAUUCUUCCUCGAGUCCUAGGCCUGAUCAUGAAACGGAGGGUUAGAUAAUUAUUUUUUGGAAAUACGAUGUACAGGAAAGAACUGUGAUUAUGUUUUUCUUGAAGGAAUAAAUGGUUUACACUUUUCUGCC